AUGUCUCUCGAGAACAACGCGGCAUUCCUCGACGGGCCGGGACAGCGUCUCAGAGUGGGAUCAGCCAGUAUUAGGAGGCCCGGUGCCGGAGAGAUCCUGGUCAAAAACCACGCCGUUGCCAUAAACCCGAUUGAUGGACUGAUCCAAGAUCUGGGCAUACUUAUUCAACAAUGGCCCGCAAUCCUGGGGCACGAUAUCGGUGGAGAGGUGGUUGAAGUGGGUAAGGGAGUGACCGAAUUCGAGCCUGGAGCACGUGUCACCGCACACGCCUUGGGGCUCAUCACCGGGAAAUCAGAGAAUUGGGCUUUUCAAACAUACACCAUCAUCCAGGCACAUGCCGCGGCUCCUAUCCCACAAACCAUGAGUUAUCAGGAGGCUGCUGUCAUACCGAUGGGCUUCUCUACCGCAGUCGCCGGGCUGUAUCAGGAUGGAUACCUGGGGCUCCCAUUACCCCACAAAAGCCACGGAAAGACUGGCCAGACCCUCCUGCUUUGGAGCGGCAGUUCGAGUGUAGGCAGCGCAGUCAUUCAGCUUGCUACUGCGUCCGGGCUCGAUGUCGUCGCAACGGCGUCUCCAAGGAACUUUGAUCACUGCAAUGCUUUGGGGGCUACGGCAGUGUUCGACCAUGCGGAUGAUGACAUUGUUGAGAAAUUGGCAACAAGACUGCAGAACAGCAACGUGAUCGGAGCGUUCGAUGCAUUUGGUACGGACGCAAGCAUCGGGACGAUUGCUGAAAUCCUCUCACGAAUUGGGGGCGGGCUCAUUGCCACAGUCGGGCAGCCACCGGCAGAGCUGCCAAAGAAUGUCACCGCCAAGCAAAUGCUGGCAGCAAUGAUCCCGGGCACAGAUGUUGGCAGGGCUCUCUGGAAAGACUUCCUCCCUGCAGCAUUGGCGAGUGGCCAGUACAAACCUGUGCCCCGAGCACAUGUCAUCGGAGAAGGUCUAGAGAGUAUCCAAGCUGGGAUUGACAGGUUGAAACAGGGGGUGUCUGCAAGUAAAAUAGUGGUCAAGUUGUAG